UUGAAACCACGGUAUAAAGAUAUAGAAGGUGACUAUACAAGUCAAUCUUUGUCGCAGAACAGAACCACACUUGGCGGAGACCUAAGAAUCAAUACAUCACAUUGUGAGACUUGCAAGUGCUACGAAACAGUACAAUCACUUCAACCUAUAUCAACUCUACAGACCCCAAAUUCUACACAGAGUAAUUCAACUUCUGUUACAAAUAAACAGAUAAGCGACUUUGAGCUUAACUAUGCUAUAACAGGCGUUUUGAACCUAGAUGAUGUAGCGCAGGAAACAUCAACAGGAUGUAUACGACCAAAUACAUUAGAUUUAAAACUUAAUACGACUGAUGAUGAGAAGAUUGUAGUUACAGAUGAACCUGUUAUAUACGACGUUAAUCAAUUAAACAUUGGAACGAGUCCAGUUAUUGAAGAUAAGGAACCUUAA